CUGUGAGGUGAGAGUGAGGGGGGCGGGGCUAACCGGACCGAGAGCGGACUCACCUGGGUGUGGCUCCGACUGUUUUUAUCAGCGGCUGCAGUUUCAGUUGAAACAUUUGAGGUGGAGCCGAACCGGAGAGGAGUCCGACAGCAGCAGAGCAGAAGUGAAGUCAGUGAACGCAGCACGAUGUCUUCCAGACCCAACGGGAGUCCGCCUCCCUACGAGCCCGACGGAUAUAACGGCCCUCCUCAGCCGGCCUACUCGUAUUACCCAGAUGACGAGUUCCAGCACUUCUACCGCUGGACGUCGCCGCCGGGCAUCCUGAAGCUCAUGUCCAUCAUCGUUAUCGUCAUGUGCGUGGCCAUAUUCGCCUGCGUCGCCUCCACGCUGGCCUGGGACUCUCAGGGCGCCAUGGACGGCUUUGGAGGCAUCGGAGGAGGAUACGGAGGAACGUACCAAGGAGGCUUCGGUGGCGGUUAUGGUGGUGGCUACGGCGGCGGCGGCGGCGGCUUUGGUGGCAGCUAUGGAGCUGGAUACGGCUACGGUGGAAUCGGAGGGAACUACAAUGACCCGCGGAAAGGCAAAGGGUUCAUGAUCGCCAUGGCGGCCAUCACCUUCAUCGCGGGCCUGGCCAUCUUCAUCAUCGUUGUGUCUCGUCAGAGCCUAUCAGAGAGCAGGAAGUUCUACCUGGCGGUGAUAAUCAUCUGCGCCAUCCUCGCGCUGCUGAUGCUGAUAGCCACCAUAGUGUACCUGGUGGCGGUGAACCCCAUGGCCCAGUCGUCCGGAUCCAUGUACGGCAGCCAGAUCGCGGGUCUGUGCGCUCAGUACCAGCAGCCACAGCCCUCAGGAAUGUUUGUCAACCAGUACCUGUACCACUACUGUGUCGUGGAGCCGCAAGAGGCCAUCGCCAUCGUGUUCGGCUUCCUGGUGGUCGCCGCUCUCAUCAUCAUGCUUGUCUUCGCCCUGAAGACGCGCCAGAAAAUCAACAACUACGGCAAGAGCAACAUCCUGUGGAAGAAAGUGAAGGUGGUGGACGACAUGGGGCCGCCGAACGACGUCGAGGCCUGGGUGAACGACGUGUCCGUUCCCGCUGAAGCGCUCCCGAUGGCGGAGUACCCCGAGAAGCUGAGAGGCUCCAGGAGUCACCUGGACGACGAGAGCACCAACUAUGACAAACCUCCGUACGACUACAGCCCGCAGCCUCCGGUGGAGGAGAACCUGCCACUGAGGAACGGAGGUCCCUACAGCUCAAGCUCCGAUAAAUUGAGCUCGGCCGGGAGACCCAGGAGGAGAAACGACUACGACGACUACAACUCGUCAGGAGACGAGCUGGACGACGACGACUUCGACAGUGAAUUUCCGCCCAUCACCAACGAGCAGCAGCGCAAUGACUUCAAGCGCGAGUUUGACCGCGACCACCAGGAGUACAAGGACCUGCAGGCCGAGCUGGACGCCAUCAACAAGAACCUGUCGGACGUGGACCGCGAGCUGGACGACCUGCAGGAGGGCAGCCCGCAGUACCUGGAUGCUCUGGACGAGUACAACAAGAUAAAGAAAAUGAAAAAGACUCCAGAUUAUCAGAUGAAGAAGCGCAGGUGUAAAUAUCUGAAGGCCAAACUGAACCACAUCAAGAAGCGGGUCAGCGACUUCGACCGCCGGAACUGAACUGAACCGCUCUGAGGAUCUUCAGCCUGUCGGAGACGCGACAGAAGGGACUAAAUCUGAUUUGCCGCCUUUUUAUUUUUAUUUUUUUGAGGGGGAAAUGUUUCGAGGCUUUUCUGCCAUCGACAGACGGUGGAGGACGGAGCUACGCCGACGUUUAUCCAACUCGACCAGGGUUUUUUCGCGGCCUGAGCCGAUGUGAAACGCUGUACAGGUUGUUUUUUGAGGCACAAGAAUCAAAUCUUCUGCUCUGUAUUUUUACGCCCUCUUUGUGUUAUGAGCAUCUCCUCCUAUAGAUACCGCUGGAUGUAUUUAUUCUGCCUGAAGUGGUCUGAAAUAAUCGAGUAGAGGAGCGAAGCCACUCGAUCGUGGAGUGAAUACAAAUUGAUCCGUAACCCCAGGUCUGAUUUAUUAAUAGCUCUUUGUACAAUGACUCAACACGAUGCUCAAGAUUUUUACCGUAUUUUAAUUCUUGUUUUGUUUUGUUUUUUAAUAUAAACAUGUAAAUAUCUGUGGGACACUGUGAUGUUUUUAUUUUUUAAACAUAAUGAUGUAAGUUCACAUGUGUGUUAUGGUGCGUUUUCUUCUUUGUCGACGGUUGAACAAAACAAAACACUUUGCAGCGAUGAUGCAUGUUUAAUGCAUAGCGAUGUACCAUUUACAAUGAUCUGUGACGCCUUUUUAUGAUAAUAAAUUCAUUUAUUGAACA